AUGGUUAUGACAUUUGCCCUGACGGUCAUCGCAGAAAUUUCGGACCCGGACAAGUUUCUGAAAAGCACCAUCGAGCGGCACCAUUAUCCGGUGGAAUUGCAUCCAGUAGAGACCAGCGAUGGCUACCGACUUACCAUGGCUCGCAUCCCUGCUCCCGGUAAACCUGUUCUAUUACUGAUGCACUCAUUUCUCAGUUCUUCCGCCGAAUACACCGUGCUCGGACCGAACAUCUCACUGGCCUUCCAAGCCUUCGACGACGGCUUCGAUGUUUGGCUCGCAAAUGCCCGCGGAAACACGUUUUCACGAGUUCAUCGUACCUUGAAUCCCUCGCAGCGCGAAUUUUGGAACUUCAGCUUCCAUCAAGUGGGGAUGUUUGAUCUACCAGCGACGAUCGACUACACGCUGAGCGCCACCAAAAAGGAAAAACUUCAUUUCGUGGGACACUCUCAGGGUGCGGUGGAUUUUCUGGUGAUGGCUUCGAGCGUUCCACAGUACAAUGCUAAAAUUGCUAGCGCUCAUCUGAAUGCACCGGUUGCAUUUUGGUCAAGGAACGUGAUACCGAUGAACAUUCUGGACGCGGAGAUUAUUCCGGCCAUCCAACUGUUGGAGGAAGUUGGCUUCUACGAAGUGGGCGGGCGAACGGGAGCAAAUUUGGUGGACUACCUGAAGGCUGCUUUAAGGAAAGGUUACAUCGGAGAGGAACUGCUGUUGAUGGGAGUUUGGAUGCUGCUGGGAGAGGAUCAGGAGGGAUUUAACCGUUCAAGUUUGGAUGCGAUUUUGGAAAUAUUCCCGGCUGGGGGUUCAAUCAUGCAAGCGAUUCAUUUUACGCACACGUACAAAGCGAAACGUUUCUGUCAGUUUGAUUUCGGGGAGCGACAGAAUUUGGGCCGAUAUGGAAGUUCGGUUCCACCGGAUUAUGCACUGGAGAAGAUAGUGGCUCCCGUGGCUUUGUACUACGGCCUAAAUGAUCCGCUGGUUGUGAAAGAGGACCUGAAUGAACUGGCGGCGAAGUUACCAAAUGUGAUUUUGAAAUAUCCCCACCCGGAUCCGAAGUGGAACCAUAUCGAUUUCAAUUUCGGCAUCAAUGGGUAUGAGGUGCAUCAGAAAGUUCUAAAGUUGGCUAAAAAGUAUGAGUUUUGAAAUACGAACAGCCAGUGGAU